UUAGUAAACUAACUGACUCUUUGGCUGUAGUAUUUAAUGUUUGUGUUUAUCGGUUGUGUUCAAAUGAAGUGAGAUAUACGACACAAUGAGUUUUUCAAGUGACGAAGUGAAUUUCUUGGUGUACCGGUAUCUACAGGAGUCAGGAUUUCAACAUUCCGCAUACACCUUUGGCAUUGAAUCACACAUAGCACAGUCUAACAUCAAUGGUGCACUAGUACCACCUGCUGCAUUGCUCAGUAUUUUGCAGAAAGGACUUCAGUACACAGAAGCUGAAAUUAGCAUAGGAGAGGACGGGACUGAAAACCGAAUGGUGGACAGCCUGUCACUUAUUGAUGCUGUAAUGCCAGAUAUUGUUGCUACCCGCCAAAAUCAACAGAAUCAGCAGAAGCAACAGAUUGUUAAAACUGAGAUGCCUGACAUGAAUGGUGAAGAGGCUGUAACAUCAAACGUUGCUGAAAACAUGGAAGUUGAUGGGAGCAUUGAAAUUCCACCAAGCAAAGCAACUGUAUUGAGAGGCCAUGAGUCUGAAGUGUUCAUCUGUGCUUGGAACCCUACAACUGAUCUUUUGGCUUCUGGGUCAGGUGACAGCACAGCUAGGAUAUGGGAUAUGAGUGACAACUCAUCAUCUCCAAAUCAGCUUGUUCUGAGACAUUGUAUUCAGAAGGGAGGAACAGAAGUACCAAGCAAUAAGGAUGUCACAUCACUUGAUUGGAAUUGUGAUGGGAAAUUGUUAGCAACAGGAUCAUAUGACGGUUAUGCCCGUAUCUGGACUACAGAAGGCCACCUAGCUAGUACACUGGGGCAGCACAAGGGGCCCAUUUUUGCCCUGAAAUGGAAUAAGCGUGGAAACUACAUACUAAGUGCAGGAGUUGACAAGACAACAAUCAUUUGGGAUGCAGCAUCAGGACAAUGCACUCAGCAGUUUUCUUUCCACUCAGCUCCAGCCCUCGAUGUGGAUUGGCAAACAAACACAAGUUUUGCAUCAUGUAGUACAGAUCAGUGUAUACAUGUGUGCAAACUGAAUGUGGAUAAACCUAUUAAAUCUUUUCAGGGACACACUAAUGAAGUUAAUGCUAUUAAAUGGGAUCCUCAAGGAAACUUGCUGGCAUCUUGCUCAGAUGAUAUGACACUGAAGAUAUGGUCCAUGAAACAGGACACUUGUGUCCAUGACCUGCAGGCACAUAGUAAAGAAAUCUACACAAUCAAAUGGAGCCCCACAGGUCCAGGGACAUCUAAUCCCAAUAUGAACCUUAUUCUUGCAAGUGCUUCAUUUGAUUCGACUGUGAGACUCUGGGAUGUAGAAAGAGGUGCUUGCAUACAUACUCUUACAAAACACACAGAACCUGUUUACAGUGUGGCUUUCUCACCUGAUGGUAAAUUUUUAGCAUCUGGAAGUUUUGACAAAUGUGUACACAUCUGGUCAACUCAGACCGGUCAGCUUGUCCACAGUUACAAGGGGACAGGAGGGAUAUUUGAAGUAUGCUGGAAUUCAAGGGGUGAUAAAGUAGGAGCCAGUGCUUCUGAUGGAAGUGUGUUUGUGCUGGACCUCCGCAAGCUUUGAGAGAAAACUCCUUUUUUAAAUUAGGUACUAAUGGACUCUGAUCAGUGUUUUUAUAUAUGUGCAAAUGUCUGAACAAUAAUGAGAAACAAAAAGACUUUUUUAUGUGUCAGUACGUUAAAUGUUCCAUAUAUGGUUUGUGUACUAUCCGAUUAGUUUACAAAAUAAAGUACCUUUAUUUUUAGAUACA